GUUAAUUAGUCUAUUUCUGCAAAAGCAGUUAAGUUAGAAAAGCCGUUUUACGAUAAGAAGUCUAUAAUUUGGAGUCUUAUAGACUUUUCAGCUACCCAUCGAUUUACGGUCGUCGAAUAUAAUUUUAUUGAAUUAUUGAAUUGUGUAGAAUUGAAUUGAAUUAUUGAAUUGUUAUUAUUUUAUUGAAUUGUGUAGCUUACGCGUUUAACAAUUUCAAGUUAAGUACAACGGGAUUGAAAUAUAUUGAGUGAACGAUGCUGCUUUCUGGAGCUGGAAAUCACGCUGCUAUUAUCCAUUUUGGUGCUCUAUGCUUCGUAUUUGGAUCGUCGUACAGCAAAUUAUCGCGAGAUGCGAGUGGCACGCGUCUAAUCGAAAUAUCCGGUUGGUACUUCAAAGGAAACGAUCUGGGAUGCGCAGAUGAUGCCAACAUAAAUGAGUCUGCCUGUUGGAUGAACUGUUUGAACACUUUAAAUUGCCGACUAGUGGCGUAUGCUUUAACGGACACACCGACAAAAUGUUGCUUCAAAGGUUACGGCAGUUAUGAAGUGGUACAGUCCAGUGACUGGAAGUUGCUAACGGAUCGACCUUUUCGGAGUUUCCAGCAUCAACCAAAUUCGCAUCCGGGAAAGCGCGGUCCGAGCUGCGAGACGGGUAUACCGUGCGACGAUUGGAACCUUGUGGAAGGGCGUGCGAACGCCGACAUAUGCAAGACCCUAUGUCUGUUGUAUCCCGAUUGCAAUGUAGCCAUCAUUCAUAAUAAAGAUGGUCGGUGUUAUUUGGACCGCGUUGAAAAUUGGAUGGAAAGCGGAUAUGGGCCUUUUGAUAGUUGGGUUUUAUAGAUUAUUGUACAAAUACUUUCGGUUUACUAUAACUGCGGCCUGCGGGGAAUUCUUCAAUAUAAAAGUGUGUGUUUUUGCUAUACCAUAAUGCACCUUCUUAGCCUACGAGUACUGAUGAUAAAUUUGGGCUCGUGAUUUCUUUGUGAUUUAUAAAUUGCAGGCUUCUUCGCAUUUAAUAAUCUUUUCCAGCAAUAUACGCUGAUGCACGGUAUGAAAUCCGGAAGCAACAAAAUUAUCAAGUUGCAACCCAAAUGCUAAUUCAUAAUGGAAAAGCUCCGCGUUGGUUUCCCAUUGAAGGCUGUUGGUAAAGCUCACAAGGAUUGC